GGAGGGAGGUGGCAUCAACGCUCUUCGAGUAUAUAUGCGAGAAGCAGAUCGGCUAUGGUACAGUUCACCAAGAGACAAUACUGAAAAGAGAGUAGUUUUCACACACCUGGAGACCUGUUGAAUUUUCACGAAAUAAUAUAUUUUUUUAUCACCUGAUUUUUUUUUCAACAGUGAAAUAUUUUAGUGAUCAAGUGUGUGAUCUUUGGAGUUUAUUUUUUUUCGACUUAUUUCCCACGAUUAUGAGGAGCAUCAAGGAGUUGAGUUUUACCACUGGUGUUGUGAGCCUGAUUGUUCUUGUGGCACUCAUGUCGGAAUUCACAUGUGCCAGACCUUCACCAGUGACGAUGGGCCGACACAAACGCACGUCCGAUCAACGACUCGCGGAGCUGGAGACACUGAUUGCUCUAGAGAAUUUACGCGGAAAAUUGGUGACGGUACCUGUGGGCUUUGGAAAAGUGGAUCCCGCGAAAAUUGGACGCAGGAGGCGAUCGAGUGUCGAGUUUGAUCUGCGGAGACUUCGUCGUUUCCUCCAGGUGAUCAGAAGCCAGUCCGAUUCCGAGAGUGAAGAGAGCAUCGAGGACGUCAUUUCGUCAUUACUGCCCAAUGACGGUCAGCGUGAUGAAGAUUUCGGCAAUCAGCUGAUAUAACUUUAACCAUACCUGCAAGCAAGAAUCCAUCCCUCGCAAUUGCCAAUAAUCAAAUCGAGGAUGAAGAAACAUUUGUGGAAAAAGAAGAAAAAGUUUUCGAUGCCCAACCAGUAUUAGCCUGUUCAUCUCGUCGUUCAACAUCUUCAGUAUCACAUUUUAUUUCCGAGAUAUUUCCAUUCAUGCGAUUACGGGAUUAUAGAUUAAUUUAAAUGUCCUCCCGAUGAAGCAAUAUUUUUGUAGCUCUAUGUGUUCUUGAGUUAUCAUAGGUCUGUCUACUGCGUAGUAUUUUUUUUCGUAAUUGAUGUAUUUUUAGGUAUUUAUUCGGUUUGUAUUGCUGAUUUAGUCUAAUAGGUAGAAUUUUUUAAUUUAUUUAUUUGUCGUUCAUCAUUGCUCGCAAUGUUUCAUGCACGAAAAUUUUUGAGGGGAGAGACUAAUGAUUUUCAUGGAAAAUUCUAAGGAUUUUCAAUCUGUGGGAAUUCCUCCAAACGAAUUUGCCAAAUUUUUUUAUUCGAUUUUUUUUUCAUUGGAAAAAUCACAGUUAUUCGACGAGGAAUCUCCGUAGAAUCUUCUUCAUGGAAUCAGAUUUUUUUUAUUGAAUCCAAAAGUAAUUAAUUUUAAUGAAUUAAGUUUGCUACGAAUUCGCUAGGUUUUUCUACUAAAUUUUUUCAUACGUUUCAUUCCAUUUUGAUUCGAUAGUUUUUAGGUUUUUUAUUCAGAUAAAACGAUAAAGAAGACUUUUUAGUUUCCAAUUAGAUCGCAAUUAUAUUUUUACGUUAUAAAAUUAAUAUUCGCAGUUUAAAAAUUGCACAGAAACUCAAUGAAUUGCACUGACUUUGACUAGUGUCGAUAUGUCAGCACGACGACACUAACAUUAUCAUUCUUUGAGUUCAUAAUUAAUGAGUUCAUCCUCAUUUUCAAGCGUUUGAAGUUUGCAAUUAAGCCAUGAACCAGCGGUUUCUCUAUUCUGAACGGAAUUAUCACUCGUUCAUAUCUUAUCUAGUUAAUUACUCUAAUGAUUAGUUGAUUAAUUGAUGAAUUAAUUAACACGACUGAUGUUUGUCGAGAUGACCCCUCCCCUUAAAUUAUGUAUUUAUUUUGUUUCAUAGUUAGACAAUUUUUUGCUGAUUAUGUGGAGUUUUUUUUUGCCACAAAAUCCUUCCAAUUCCCGACAGUAUUCGAUGAUUUCAUCCCUCAUUCGUAAUCAUCGUCAUUUAUGUAUUUAUUCCAUCACUGAUCAUUAUUGACAAAACGCUUCUGAGUCGAUGACUCCUGUCGAUUUAAAUUAUCACAUCGAAUUUGGAUCAUGAAACGUUGUUUCAUUAUCGUAAGGGCCAUGUACUUUAGAUUGUAAUUUAAUUUAUUUAAAUAUUUAAUUAAUUAAUUUAUUUAAAUUAUUAAUGCCAAUUUCACGGUUUAUGGGUGAUUGGUUCAUUAUUUUUCACGAAUUAUCGCCGUGAAUUUUAUGUAAGUGCAAUAAAGAAAACAUUACUUCACUGUAAAA